AGGCUGCGGCCGAGCGGACGGUCCCGGCACCAUCCCUCUCUCCUUCCCUCCCUCCCUCUCUCUCUCUCUCUCUCUCUCUCUCUUUCUUUGCCCCUCAGGCCGGCGGGAAAUGUUUCCACCCAACAACAGAGCCUCAAAGUCACUUUUCAAUCUGACAUCAGCAAACGUGUCGCGCUGCUUUUCAACAAAUGUGUUUUUUGUUUUUUUUUUCAGAUAAAAAGGAAACAGCAGCAUUUAGCGGAAACAAAGAGUGCGUUAUAGUUAUGUUUUAUAUAAGUAUGAGACCUUCUUUCUUUUAUUCAUCACUAAAACACAGCCUCACCAACUUGUCGCAUUCUUGAUUAGGGCCCUAACAAGUUUGGAUUCGUUCACUGUGCUGGGCUCCAGGAUGUGUCCAGCAGCAGCAGCAGCAGCACCAUAGCGCCUCCACCUCCUCUUCCCUGACAAACACACACACACACACACACACACACACACACACACACACACACCUGACCUUCUGCUGCAGAGGCCGGGGGAAUAAAACAAUAACCCGCAGCUAGGAAAACCACAAAUGCUUUCUGAAAGCCUUGGCGCUGCGCUUUCACUUCACACACACGCACGCACGGAAAAAAAUAAAAAUAAAAAAUGCCAAAAUGUCACAAUCUUCAAACUUUCUGGCAGUAACACACUGUGAGGAGUCUUUGGCCUCACGUGCUGAAGGUCGCCUGCACAAAAACCCAAGAUUUUCAGAAUAAAAGAAGCACCGUAAGAGAAACUGAACAGAAGCAGACACAAUAAAUUUUUAAAAAAAGCAAAUCAAAGAUGGAUUUAAAAAUCUAGAGCAUCUAAAUCUUCUUUUAUAGAUGACUACUACCACAGAGAGGGAACUAUUUUAGAUCAAUAAUCCUUCAAGAAAACUGCAAAUCCUAAUUCUUAGCAGAGAAAUAACUGUCCAAGGAGAUGACUCGGUCUGAGGAGUUAGUGGGUUCAUUCCCUCUUCCAGGUUCAGAACAUCAUUUAGUCAGAAGUUAGUGAUGAGUUUGCAGCACACAGAGAGACUACGGAAGCCCACGUCCGAGCUGCUGAUGUACCCUUGAGCAAGAGUCCCCGCCAGGCUGACCUCUGACCCCAUCUGUGGGAGGGUGGAAAAGAACACGGUUCCCCUGCAGUGCAAAAGUGGAGGGAAAAGUGCGAGACAAACCAUUAAAUAAAUAAAUAAAUAAAUAAAAAGGGGGGUGAGGAAGGGGUGUGAGCUGGUGGGUGUCGCUGGUGAUGUCACACCUCCCAGACAGCCCGGAUUGGACCCUAAUUAGAAAGCUCGGCAGCAAAUAGAUAGGCGUCCUGCAUGAUUGAAUCCAAAGUGUCUGAUGCCAAAAAAUUCUGCAGAGCCGCGGAAAGAAAGAAAAACGGAAAGAAAGAGAGAAAGGAGAAACUGUCGGAGAGGAGCGGAGUAGACGGGGUGCCGGUAUCAGGGCUGCUGAGGGCUGCCACGCUGCGCUGAAAACAUUCUCUCCGAGAGCUGGAGGCGAGCUGGAGGAGUUUCUGAGGUGAUACAGGAACAGCAAGACGCGACCCCCCUCCCCGGUUUGGAGGGAUAUAAAAAAAAGAAAGAAAAAAAAAGGAAGGAGAGCCGAAAAUAUAGUCCGAGUGUGCGUCAAACCCGAGGACGCUGCGUUAUCAGAGAGCAACGGAGGCUGACGCGAGACAAGUACAAAGGAGAGUGGAGCCGCCGAGCACCAAGUUAUUCCUGCGCUGCGCUCCGAAGGCUGCGCUGAUGGCAUCCGUACUUGGAAGCAGCAGCCGCGCGUCGGGGGCUCAGAGCGGCCAGGUCAAAUGCAAACUGAAGCGGAGGAGGAGGAGGCGAUCGAAGAGAAAAGAGAAAGUCAGUAUGCUGUCAGCAUUGAUCGCUCCCUUCAAGUACAUAAGCCCUGGGACCAGCAGCACAGAGGACGAGGACAGUUUAAGCACCAGCAGUGCAGAAGUAAAGGAAAACCGUAAUAUUGGUAACUUAGAGGACCGCUCCAUAGGAUCUGGGGAGUGCCAGUCGCUUUUCUGCUCUGACUCGACAAAAAGUGGGAGCUCAGGCCUGAAGAGGAAACGCCCGCUGGAGGAAGACAACAACGGGCACCUUUGUCAGCUCCGACUGAUCUAUAAGAAACUGUCCUGGUCUGAGGCUCCUAAGAACGCCCUGGUGCAGCUGAACGAGCUCCGGCCGGGCCUGCAGUACCGCAUGGUGUCUCAGACGGGCCCCGUACAUGCUCCCGUCUUCUCCAUCGCCGUGGAGGUCAACGGGCUUACCUUCGAAGGCACAGGUCCCACAAAGAAGAAGGCCAAGAUGAGGGCUGCAGAGCUGGCCCUCAAGUCCUUCAUUCAGUUCCCCAAUGCUCCUCAGGCCCAUCUAGCCAUGGGAAACAUCUCAAACCCUUCGGCCGACUUCACCUCAGACCAGGCUGACUUCCCUGACACCCUCUUUAAGGAGUUUGAAUCAUCGCCGUGCUCCGAUGGCCUCUCACUCUGCAGCUCGGCAACCGAAAGCGAGCUGCUCUCGAGCGAGCUCCUGAGACAUGGACGACUACUUCGUCACACGUUGGACCUGAUGGUACAGGCUCAACAGAGACUGGGUGGGAUUGUUCCAGAGCCAGAUGCCCCCAAGAGCCCCGUGGCGUUGCUCAACGAGCUCCGGCCGGGCCUGCGCUACGCCUGUCUCUCAGAGCAAGCCGAGGGCCGUCGACUGCGCAGCUUCGUGAUGGCGGUGCGCGUGGACGGGCGGAUAUUUGAGGGCUGUGGACGCAGCAAGAAGCUGGCCAAGACCCAGGCGGCCCAGUGUGCUCUUCAGGCCCUCUUCAACAUCAGGACGGCCCCUGAAGGGAGGACAGGCCUCAAAGCCAGCAGGAAGAGUUGUCCUCAUUUACCCCAGGACUUUGCCGAUUCAAUAUACCACUUGGUGAGGGAGAAGUACCGGUCGCUGGUGGGCGGCUGCAGCCCUGCGCACGCUCGACACAAAUCCCUGGCAGGCAUCGUAAUGACCCGAGGUCUUGACCUGAGGCACGCCCAGGUGGUGGCGUUAUCCACAGGCACCAAGUGCAUCAACGGGGAGUACCUGAGCGACCAGGGCCAAGUGGUCAACGACUGCCACGCUGAAGUCACGGCCCGCAGAGCCCUGCUACGCUUCCUCUACUCUCAACUUGAACUCUACUUGAGUAAAAGACCAGAGGACUGGGAGGAGUCGAUAUUCGUGCGUCACAAGGAGUGCGGCUACAGGUUGAGAGAUAACAUCCACUUCCACAUGUACAUCAGCACCUCGCCGUGUGGGGACGGGAGGCUCAACUCUCCGUACGAAAUCACCGCUGACCUACACAGCAGCAGACACCUCAUGAGGAAGCACAGGAGCCACCUGCGGACCAAAAUCGAGUCGGGCGAGGGGACGGUGCCGGUGCGAUGCCGGGGGCCCGUCCAGACCUGGGACGGGGUCCUGCAGGGAGAGCAGCUCAUCACCAUGUCCUGCACCGACAAGAUCACCAGAUGGAACAUCCUGGGUCUGCAGGGGGCGCUGCUGAGCCACUUCGUGGAGCCGAUGUACCUACACAGCGUGACCGUCGGCAGCCUGCGCCACACGGGUCAUCUGAGCAGAGUUCUGAGCCAGCGGCAGGAGCGUCUGGGCCCGCUGCCGGCCACGUACAGACGCAACCAGCCCCUGCUCAGCGGGCUGAGCAGCGCCGAGCACCAACAGACGGGGAAGGCCUCGUGCGUGAGCGUGAACUGGACGGCGGGCGACGCGCAGCUGGAGGUGGUGAACACGUCCACGGGCCGGAGACGGGACUCGGGGACGCCCUCUCGUCUCUGCAAGCACGCCCUGUUCACCCGCUGGAGCAGACUGUACCGCAAGUUGGGGAUCCACGUGUCCGGCUCGGCGGACCGCCAGCUCAUGUACUGCGAGGCCAAGAUGGCGGCGCGUCCCUACCAGACAGCGAAGCAGCAGUGGUUCAGAUCCCUGCAGGAAGCGAGCCUCGGCACCUGGGUCAAAAAGCCGCCGGAGCAGGAGCAGUUCCUGCUGUCGGUCUGAAGAACAGAGAGCGCACGUUUGUUUUGUUUUUUUUUUUUUUUAAGGUCUGAUGCCCUCAUGCCCGGACGACAACCCAGCGCAACCUCUAAACCGCGAGCAGAAGGUCAGGCGGAGGGACGGAAAAGGAAAAAAAAAAAAAAAAAGAUGGACCUUCUCUAAACACACAAACACAGGUUUAAGCAAACACCCCAUCCCGCCUCACCUCGCAUCACACCCCUCCUCCUCCUUUGGCUGUCAAGAAAGGGUGGGGUAACCUUGAGCGGAGUGAAAGGCAGCCGCUAUCUUGUCAUCAGCUAUUUCCGGGCCCAAAGGCUCCCGCUGAGGAACAGAGCCAUGGGGGACAGAGAGACAGACAGACAGAUAGAUAGAUAGAUGGGGGAGAGAAAAAAAAGAAGAGAGAAGAAGAAGAGAGAGAGGUCCACGUCCAAUUACCAUCGCUGUCAGAGUGACGUGUGAUAGAGGAAGGAGACAGAGAGAGUGAGGAAAAAAGAAAAAAAGAAGAAGGACAGACCCUCUUUCUCUCUCUCUCGUUUCUGUCUGGUCACCCUUUGACUCUCCCUCCUUCGCCCUCUUUUCCAUCUUCUUCCUUUAUUCACCCGCCCCGCACCCCACCUUCUCCCUCCUGUGCCUUUCAAGCGUGGUGGAGUAUUAACUCCACACAACGACAGGUUAAUACACCCUUCCUCCUCCUCCUCCUCUUUUUCUUCCUUUUCUUUUUUUUAUUAAUCUUCAGCGUCAUUGCCGAAUAGAAAGAAAGAAGGAAAGAAAGAAAAUGAAAUAAGUGAGAUACGUAAAUGCAGCCAUUAUUUCCCCUUUCUCUCUGUUGUUCUUUUGACCUGGGUGACCUCAGUUGUUCCACCUGUUGCUGCCGUUCUUUUUUUUUUUUUUUUUCCACCAAUAAAAGGAAGUGACUCAUCCGCUUAUUGACCUGACCUCCCUUCUGUGGUCGCGACCGCCCCGAACACAGGAUUUUAUUUCUUGAGCGCCAUCCACAGUCACUGAGGGGAACGUCCCCGAUCGCUACCAUGUAAAUUUGUACCUCUUCGCACACUUCAUCAACACACAAACACCGCGUGGUGACUUCGCUCUGUGCAGCUCAAGUGUUUUUAUUCCCGACUACAUCCUGACCUGUGUUCUUCUGUCGCUGCUGGUUUCUCCUGGAGAGUGAAGGAUCGAAUCUUAAGUAGUGACAGUGACAUCUAGUGGUGUCUCCCUGUCCCAGCAGUAGCAGCAGCAGCAGCAGCAGCAGCAGCAGCAGCGACCACUCAAACAGUUGGCUGUCAAUCACGCUGAAGAGUUAACCCUUUAAUGGAAGACGAUGGGACACACAGGCAGAUUUACACAAAAUUAAACUUCUCCUUCCACUUAAACAGAUAAGAUGUGAUGUGGGCUGUGGGUGAGUUUGCCCUGACCACCAGUCAGCACCAGUAUAUAUCAGCAGCUUUAUUGCACAGAAACUAGAGAGCGACUAAUGCGCCCAUGCUGGAGCAGAGCGUGACCCCAGGGUUUCUAUUGGUCAAUAAAGCUGGAUUUAUGGUUGACACAAGGAGUCUCAGAGCUGUGGUAUAAAAUCAUUUACAGCCUGUAACUGUGUUUAUAUUCCUGUACAUCACGAUUAGGAUGAAGCUGCAUAUAAGAAACAUACACUUACUUUCUAGUUCAUUAGGUACACCAGUGAAAAGGAAUGCACUCAGAUAGAUGGAUAGAUACUUUAUUGAUCCCAAUUAAUGAAUUCAUUUAUCCACACUUGGAAAUUUCAAUGUUGCAGCAAGUUCUUUGAGACUGAGAAGGUGUCUUUUUGAGAAGGUGCUCCAUUGAAUAUUCCCUAGCCCUAAAACAGGGUUGUCAAAAUAACAGAAAGGUGUUGGGCACUACUACAGAAUGAAAACACAGUUGAGCAAACAGCUCUCUCUGUUAUUUUAAACAGCUUCUGAAUAGCAAAACCUUUGUGAAAACUCAGAUUUAGUGCAGGACUGCUGUAUCAGAACACGUUCGUUUUACUACUGUACCUAAUGAUCUGGCAAGCGAGUGUAGGAAGCUGUGUUCUGUGCAGUCGUUCAUUGUGUUCUGCCCCAUUCAUUGGUAAACAGCAAUGACUGGUUUGCUGUGCAAUACUUUUCACUUGGAAGAUUCGAGAGGUUUAUUGUCAUGUACACGGCAAAGGCUGCACUUCACACAACUAACAGAAACAACUGUACGUAAAUGAAGAAAACACACUUACUCUGAGCACAGAAAAAUAAAGACGGUUAAAAAGACGGCAACUUCUUUGUUGACGCUAGAAUUGGAGAAAAGUAACCCGCCACAGUUGGCUGCAAAGGCCUUUUCUUUAUUCAAUGUAACUAAUACAAAAUUGACCGAGUUGACACACAGUGGAGCUCGGACGUCUGGGGCCUUAGGCAAUUCAGCCCUGACUAGUCAACACAAAACACAGGAAUUUAACCGAGCUCCACUCUGCUUCUUGCGUAAACGAUCGGAUUUUGUGUAAAUGUCUGUGUGUGUCAGAAUCACAUUUCUCAGCGGUCGUCCUUCAUCGACACGUGGUGCACAGUUCUGUUGUCUGAGCAUAAAGUACAUUUCCUUCUAGCCAUGUUAGCCAGAUGUUCACGCGUUUAUUUUGAGACAUAAUAAAUAUAAGGCAUGUCUGAAUGGCAAUAUUGUAUCAAAGAUUGUACAUAUGUAAAGUAAAUGUAUAAAAGAUGUUGAUGAAGAUGUGACAGAGAUCCUAAAACGUCUAAUUAUGAUGUAAAUUAAAAGUCUAUGAAGAAUUGCUGCUACGGUCUGUAAAUUGCACUUCAGUAACAAAUAAAAAGUGAAUGUUUGUACUGUAUAUGUGAAUAAAACCACAAAAUCUUGUAAUUUUA